UCUCUAUUUUUAUAGAUGUACCGCCUGUUAACCGAGCUGCCUCGGAUGGUGCUUCUGCUCCUGCUGAUUGCGUCUCAUCCUCUGGCAGCUGAGCCCGCUGGCUAUCACUACGAUCGUCCGUCUGCGGGUGCCUAUGCACCGACGGCGUCUUCGGCCAUUCUAACGGGACAUCACUUUUCACCUCUGCCCACGGUGCAGCCGCUGCCUCCGGUGCCGGCGCUACCGCCGCUGCCACGGACGCGCAUCCAGCAGCCAACGCUGAGACUGGCCAGUCGCUAUCUGCCGCCAACGCCAACUGCGCCCGUGGUGAGUCGCUAUCAAGCGCCCGCCUAUGCUGCGCCGCUGUCCUCGAUCAGCUUCCAUGGCAACGCCCACGCCAAGGUGCAGGCCGAGGCGCCCACACAGCAGUCGCUGCCCAUUCACGUGCCCAGUGCUCCGGCUGCUGCCCAGCCGCUGCGCAUUCCCUUCGGCAAGACGGCGCUCUUCUCGCCGGGCGAGUCCUAUGUGGCCAAUGGACGGCAGCUGAAGCAGUAUGCGGUCAUCGAGAUCAUCGACAACGACAUCAGCGACAGCCCAGCUCCGUUCCUCAGCUCCGGCUUCUUGGAUCGCUAUCGUGCGAGUGUGGGCGUCAGUGGCACCGGUGCCACGCCCACCUCCACGGGUGUGGGCCUUCAGCUGGACUCGCGUGCCAAUGCCCUGGUCCUGGAGCAGCAGGCGUUGAGCUUGCAGCCGCGUGCGAAUCAAGGCGAUGCCAUCGCCCUCGGCUCCGGCGGAUUGGGCUACAUCCGACUGCCCAACGGCAACGUCUACUUGGGCUCCGGCUCACUUGGCUACAUCAGUGGCCAGCAGCGCGUGGCCUCCGUCCUGGAUGCGCGCACUCGAUCCGAGUCCACAUCAGACGCUCUGCACUUCGGCCAUGGACCAUAUGGUGGAGCGGAUAACUUCUUGAGAUUCUAAUGCCUAUUUUAUAAGAAGAGUGGACGAGAGUAAGAGAGAGGGAGCAGGUUUUUGUACAAUCCAUAAAUUGUUCAUUGUAAAUAUUUAAAUAAAUCAAA